AUGCAAUCCAGUAUAUAUUUGAAUAAUGUAAGCAAUGUCAAUAGCAACAGUGGACUCUUCACUAGCUCUCAAGAAGAUGCUUGGCAGACGCUUUGUGUUCGUGUCUUACCUUUAUUUAACGGCGAAGGCCCACAAGGAGCAAUUGAAGAUUUGAAUGAAUUAUUAAGGCGCUGCUUAACGGAUCCUAUUUCACCUCAGUUUUAUCAUGACAUUGAAGCAUUAUUGAGAGAUGGCAUGUUUACAUUAAAUUCUAAAAUGUUUGGUGUGACAGAUGAAAAACUGCUGGAUAGACUGGUCGAACAGUGGUCCUUCUUCUUCACUUAUGCCUUACCUUAUUUUGAAGCUGUAUUUUUACCUUUACGUACAGACAUAAUAUACCGAUCUGCUGACGAAGCUGAGGCAUGGAAUGUGAGAAAUAUGGCAUUAAGGAGCUUUAGAGACAAUGUUAUCUUGCUGCAGACAAAACGGCUAGAAGGUAACAAGCAUCCUUCCUCAGUAUUUUUCUAA